UUUCUUGUUUACUAAGUUAGUUGGUUGGUUUGAAAUAUAUCCGACAGCACGUAAAGGCAUCACCGCUUGCUGCCAUCCAUGCAUCCAGUCCUGUCUGUGGUACCUGCUGGCUACUUAACUUAGCUAGCAGCCUUACCUAUCACUCACUUCUCUUCAGGAAUAACACAAUGAACGACAGGCAAAAUGAAUUUACUUUGUUUUCCACUCGAUGCGCAGUUGCAUUUUAAGGAAAAGAUGGAUCCCAUCCAUUCGGUUUUAGUAUUUUAGCUGUUAUAGCGUUUUGCUGAGUCCAUUUUGCGUGUAAGUGGAAGUGGAAAAGACAAAGAGAAAAGAGCUUUCCAAUAGCUAGAAUGGUUUGGGCCUAAAAAGAAGACAAGAGCAACAUGAACCGUGAGGACCGGAAUGUGCUCCGAAUGAAAGAAAGAGAAAGGAGAAAUCAAGAAAUCCAGCAGGGAGGAGGAGAGGCCUUUCCAGCAAAUUCACCUCUCUUCCCUGAACCCUACAAAGUGUCCAGCAAGGAAGAUAAACUGUCAAGCCGUAUUCAGAGCAUGCUGGGCAAUUACGACGAGAUGAAAGAGCCGAUUGGUGACACACUUCCUAAGCUUGGCGGUAAACCUUCUAACAGCUCGUCUUCCUCCGAGGAAAAAUCGGGCCCACCUUUAUUUGGCGGGGAGCAGCGCGGCGGCGGUAGCAGCCAGAGCAGCAAGUGGACUCCUGUUGGCCCCGCAGCGGGUGGAUCUUCAUCCCAGUCCCAGAAACGCUCAGGACUUCAGAGCGGGCACGGUAGCCAGAGGGGCAGCAGCAGUAGCGGCAGCAGCAGCAGUAGCCAAAGACACGGAGGGGAGGUGCGGGAAAAGAAGUCAAGUAAACACAGUGGAGGGUCAGAGCACUCAAAGUCGCACACGUCGAGUCCGGCCAAGGGUUCUCUGAGUUCCUCCGGCAGCAACAGCCACUUGCGGAGCUCCUUGUCUGCCGAGCAGCAUCACAGCAAGGAGCGCUACCGCUCCAAGUCCCCACGAGACAGAGAGGCCAACUGGGACUCUCCCUCACGGGUUCACACCUCCUUCCCCACUGGACAGCACUCGAGUCAGGCCUUUCCCCCGUCUCUCAUGUCCAAGCCCGGCUCCAUGCAGCAGAAGCCCACAGCUUAUGUGCGGCCUAUGGACGGCCAGGAAACGGCAGAACCCAAGACCUCACAAGCAGAAAGCUAUAGCGGACAGUCGCACAGCAGCACCAUGGGAGAGAUGAAGUCCAACAGCAAGGCCUCACUUUCCAAACUCAAGAUCCCCUCACAGCCGGUAGAGGGAUCAGGUGACGCCAACUGUGUCGAUGAGAUUCUGAAGGAAAUGACUCAGUCGUGGCCCCCUCCACUGACGGCCAUCCACACCCCCUGCAAAACAGAGCCCUCCAAGUUUCCAUUUCCCACCAAGGACUCUCAUCCUUUUCCAAGUGGGCACAAGCGAGGCAGUUCUUCCAAGAGCUCCAGCAGCCACCAGCCCAAAGCUUGCGACGACCAGCCCACUAUGCUGGAAGAUGACCUAAAGCUCAGCAGCAGUGAGGACAGUGAUGGAGAACAGGACUCUGGCAAGAACGCCUCAAGGAACACAUCAGCAAGCAAUAACAGCGAAGGAGCAGAGCAAUCGAGGGACGACUCAAGCAGCCACAGCGGCUCCGAGAGCAGCUCGGGCUCCGACAGCGAGAGCGAAAGCAGCACGACAGACAGUGAAGCCAAUGAGCACCCGCGGCCCGCCUCUCCUGAGCCUGAACAACCCAUGGCCAACAAGUGGCAGCUGGACAACUGGUUCAAGAAGGCCAAACAGUUCUCCCCAGCCUCUCCAGUGGACAAUAAUGUUCCAACCAAGUGCAAGAAAGAGGGCAGAGAUAACGGCUCAGGACGUGGCUAUAGCAGCCAGGGAGGUAGUUCAAAAGACUCAGCAGCUCCUACACCAAGCAGGGACCUAAGGGCCGCACAAAAGGGUGCAGAGGGUGGCCGUGGCAAGCAAAAAUCCCCCGCCCAGAGUGAGGGCAGCACAAAUGCACGAAGGAGCGUGGGUAAAAAACAGCCCAAAAAGUCAGAGAAGCCCCCAGUGGUGGAGGAACCCAAGGGUGGUCUGAGGGUGGAGAGCGAGCCGGCUCCAGAGAUACCUCAUCGGCCCAAAGCUGCUACGAAGGGGUCACGCAAACCAAGCAUCAAAAAAGAGCCGAAAUCCUCCCCGAGGCCCACAGCGGCCGCCGUCACCACCACCACCGCGGAUAAACGCAAGGCCAAGGCACCCACCAAGACUUCCCAGAAGUCUCGAGAGUUUGUCGACACGGACUCUUCGUCGUCAGACUCCGAGGGGAAUGACAGCAUCCCGUCCUCGUCACAGACACCCAAAUACACGGAGAGCAUCAGGACACCUGUGUGUGUGUUUUCUCCAAUGGAAGAGAAAGAGCUAUUGUCUCCACUCAGUGACCCUGAGGAGCGCUACACUACAAGGCAACCUCAGCAGCAGGUUCUACUAGUGAAGAUAGAUCUCAGCUUGCUGUCUAGGAUUCCUGGGCGGCCCUACAAGGAGCCUGCAGAGAUAAAAGUGGAAAGGGACGACUCCCUAGACAGGGACAGUAAAGACUUCAGCAAACAGAGCUCUGAGAAGAGCUCUAGUAAAGCCAAGAGGAAACACAAGAACGAUGAAGAAGGCACCAAGCCAGAGAGCAAGCGGUGCAAGCUAGAGGAGAAGUCCCUAUCUCAUCAUAAAAACAGCAGUAAAGAGUCUAAGAGGUCUUUGGAGAAGAAAGAGGAGCCAGUCCCCUCUCCUUCCAUGUCAGGUCUUCAGCGGACGCCCAAGGCAGAGCAUCCGAGUCGAAAGAGGACGGUCAGCCAGUCCUCCACAUCUUUGUCCAGCGGGACAGGAAGUGGGAAAGAGGGAAGCCACACCAAGGGCAACUCCACCUCCAAACACAGAAAAGGAGAGGACAAGGGACGCAGCACACGCGAUGGCAAGGACAAAUCCUCAAAGGGCUGCGAUAACCAGCUGGCUGUGCCUCCACUCUCCACGGACGGCUCCAAGUCUCAGAGAUCCAAGCUGGUGUUUGAGGACAGGGUCCAUUCAGCAGAUCACUACUUACAAGAGGCCAAGACACUUAAACACAAUGCAGAUGCACUGUUGGACCGUUUUGAGAAGGCUGUCUACUACCUGGAUGCUGUGGUGUCUUUCAUUGAAUGUGGUAAUGCUCUGGAGAAGAGCGCCCAAGAAGCAAAGUCUCCCUUCCCCAUGUAUGCUGAAACGGUGGAGCUUAUCAAAUACACUAUGAAGUUAAAAAGCUACCUGGCCCCAGAUGCUACUUCAGCAGACAAGAGGCUAGCUGUGCUUUGCCUACGAUGCCAGUCUCUCCUCUACCUGCGGCUAUUCAAGCUGAGGAAAGACAGCGCACUAAAAUACUCCAAAACACUCACAGAACACUUAAAGAAUUCUCUGAGUAACACCCAGGCUCCCUCUCCUGGAAUGGGAAACAAGGCAGCGGGCAUGCCCUCUCCAGUGUCUCCCAAGCUCUCACCGGGCACGGCCGGCAGCUACUCGUCAGUCAGCAGCAGCAGCAGCACCAGCUCGUCUGUGACCAUACCUCAACGUAUCCACCAGAUGGCUGCCAGCUACGUCCAGGUCACCUCCAACUUCCUGUACGCCACUGAAGUCUGGGACCAGGCAGAACAACUGUCCAAGGAGCAAAAAGAAUUCUUCUUGGAGUUGGACAAGGUGAUGGGUCCUCUGAUCUUCAACACCAGCAGCAUGACAGAACUGGUGCGUUACACACGGCAGGGCCUCCACUGGCUGCGUCUGGACGCAAAGCUUAUUCCCUAGCAAGGACUCGUUCCCUGCACGCUGCUUCCACACACACACCUCAGCCUCUUGUGUUCAGCAACAUGUGACACACACGCAUGCCCUCACAGACGGACACACAAACAAUGAUGUACUGUAUACACACAGACACACACAGUCCACCUCUGGUCCUCCAUGUACACACACACACGCACGCAUACACGUGAUGAACUCCUCAGACAUAUCUCCAACACUGUGUCCAUUUUCUACACCAGCUUGCCAAAAACACUGAGCAACCUAGAGCAUCUCACACCGUCGACAGCAACACACAGGGAGAAACUGCAGCACAGGAACAAAAAAAAAAGCUUACCGCCAUGCUUCAUAUAUCGGCAUUCUUACAAAAUGGGAAGGCCGUGUUUUUAUCUAUUCGGCAUGGAAGCGCUGGGUGAAUGAUUUGUUAUGAAAAACGCUUAAAAAUGCGGUUUGGUUUUUAGGCUACUUUGGCUUUUUACUUUUAAUUUGACUUUGUUUCACCAAAGUACCUCCCAUAAACACCAAAGGUGCUUUAAAAUGAAGGUUUCUCUUAUCAUUUUUGUGCCUUGUAUGUGAGCGACAGGAAAACAAACAGCCACCCAUCAUAUCUGAAUACAUUGUUUUUAUUCCCCUUCUCUCUUUUUUUCUUUGCUCAAACUCAUUUUAUGCAUUUCUAAACAAUUAGCAGUUAAAGGAAGCUGGCAAACUAUAUGUCUUUUUAUUGCAGUCUUUCAGUUUUAAGUCCUGUUAACACAUUUGAGAGCAAAGAUGGUGUUGGCCACAAAUGAAGCUACAUUACACCAUCCUGAUUUAUCUUUCCUCCUAAGUCUCUUGGCGCUAAAGCUUAAUCUUGGAGCAUGCCCACAAGAUUUAAGCACCGACUGUAGGAAGGGCUACUGUGCACAGCAGAUUAAUACUUCUGACACACAUAUUUAUAAAUGUUCUCUUCAUUGAUCAGUGUAUUCGUUUUUAACAGUGUCAUUUUUAUUUUUCCAGAAUCAUGAAUUACAUUAAGCCCUGCUAGAAAAUUCAGUGCUGAUCCCCUUUGUUCAAACCACUGCGGUCUGGUUUGAUAAAGGGACCAGCAUGGCCUCUAGGGGGUGCUGGUGAGGCCUUUUAGACUCUCGGCCUUAAUCAAAUUAAUCACGUUAAUGUCCUCUGUAAGAGAUUUGCUGUCUUCAAAGCUCUGUGGUCUGUGUUUCUUUCUAUGAAAUGUUUCUACACCUGUAGCUACAUUGUUCACUGAGAAAUGUCCUGGAGGAAGACUCAGUCCCAGACAGUGUUAUUUUCUUUUUGAUCCCCUUGUUUGCUCAGAGUGUAUUUUUCUAAGGAACAGCAGGGAGUGUCUUAAGUAUUGAAGAUCAUUUCCACAUAUACAAAUGCAGUUAUUUACAUUGCAGUUUAUGAAAACUGGGCCUGAGUGACCACUGAUUUGGCACAACAAACAGCAAAUUCAUCUGAAAGGAAAGUUUUAGAGAGGCAGACUCAUCAGUGUUGCAUUUAUAGAACAAAGAGUUUUAAAUCUAUCAUUAUAUAUUUCAAAAAAAGAAGUAUAACGGCCAAUAUAGAUUUUAUUUAUAUACCAAGCAGUUUUUUUUCUUCUUCCUCUGGCCGAGCAGAAGUAUAACUUUUCAAAUGCAUUCUUUUAAACAGGGUUGAACCAAGGGUUAUAAGAUGCAAAGUAUUUGUAUAUGUCAUUUUUUUCCUAUUUAAAUUUUAAUCAUGCUUGUAUUCGUAGAUAAGAAACGUGUCAGCUAGUUGUUAGGCGGGGUAAAGACGGAAGAGUAACAGUGUAUGUCAACUGUAUGGAUAUGAACACUUCUGUUGUUUACAAUUACUGGUUGUCAUCAAGGGAAUUGUGGAUGGCAGUGGGGUUUUUAAUGAAGACAUUAAAGGAACAGUUCACCCCAAAAUCAAAAAAUAUAUAUUUUUCCUCUUACCUGUGUUGCUAUUUAUCAAUCUACGGGUGCAUCUCAAUAAAUUAGAAUAUCAUAGAAACGUUUAUUUAUGUCAGUAAUUCAAUUCAGAAAGUGAAAAUAACACAUUAUAUAGAUCCAUUUCACACAGAAUUAAACAUUUCAUGUCUUAAUUUAUUUAAUUUCUUCUAAUUAUAAUUAUGGCUUACAUUUAAUGAAGACCUAACAUCCAUCUAUAUGCACUCAAUACUUGGUUGGGGAUAUUUGACUGUAAUUACUGGAAAUUUACUUUUUUCAACAUAUUCUAAUGUAGAUUGUCUUGAUGCAGUGAGAUGAAGAUAUCUGCAGUAGAGAUGUCUGUCAUAUAGUCCCAUUAUAUUUGAGAAAGGCACUCAGUUUGUGGGGCUCAAAGUGACAGGAAAUAUAUUUUUUAUUUUUUUAAAAACUUGACAGCAAAGUCUUCCCAGUAAUCAUGACCUGGUUAAAGAUCAUCCACAUACACUUUGAGCAGUUUCAUGUAGGAACUAAUGUAACUGUAACUAACAAUUAUUUCAUCAUCAAUUCAUUUGCAUCUUCAAUUAAUUUACUAAUUUACCUGUUUGGUAUAAUAAAUGUCAAACAGUGGAGAGAAUGUAUAUUUCCCCAUUUACUUAUUGUUAGGUGAUGUCUCUAAAUGCCUUGUUUAGUCAGGUUAAUUUGAUAUACAGGAAAAAAGCAGGAAAUCUCCAUAUUUCUUUGGUAAAAACAUAGCAUUUUUUCUUUUAAAUUUCUUGAGAAAAACACUAGUCACAAGUUGGCAUUUAUAUUUCUGUUGAUCAACAAAGUGAUUAGUUGACUUAUCAUUGCAGUUCGAGGAACUAUUUUCUUUCAAGUAUGCAUUCUACUAUAUAUACUAUAUUUUAUACUAUAAAACUGCUCACAACAAAGUUUGUGGAUUAUCUUUAGAAACCGGGUCAUGAUUUCUAAAAGAGACAAUUCUGUUGUUUUUUCUGGGGUUUUUGGCAUUUUGAGCACCACAAGCCAAGUGCCCUCUAGUUCUAUUGUAUUUAAGAGAAGGCAGACAACUCUAUGGGUAAUGUCUCCAACACUCUGCAACUCCCAACAUAACAAUCCACAGUCAUGGAAAAAAUAAUAGACCACCCUUGUUUUCUUCAAUUUCUUGUUCAUUUUAAUGCCUGGUACAACUAAAGGUACAUUGUUUGGACAAAUAUAAUGAUAACAACAAAAAUGGCUCAUAAGAGUUUAAUUUAAGAGUUGAUAUCCAGCCACUUUCCAUUUUUUUUUUUUUAUAAUAACCAAAAUCAUCAUGGAAAAUGGCUAGAUAUAAUGUCUUAAAUGAAGAAAACAAUGGUCUAAUUUUUUUCCAUGACUGUACAUUAAUAAACAAGAUGACGGGUAAGAGGAAAAAUUAGCAUUUUCUUAUUUUUGUGUGAACUAUCCCUUUGAAUUCCAGUUGCUAUUCUGGUGUUUGGUGAUAGUCAAUGACAUGAAGGACUGUCUUUUUUUUUUUUUUUUUUUUUGGCCACUUCCGACUAAAACAUGCUGGAAAUAUUAAAGCCUGGGUCAAACAGUAUUCAUGGGAAUUAUUAUGUUUGGUUUUUAGUUAAUAGAAAAGAGGAAACUGCCAGAAAGUUUCAGACCUGUAGUAGUCUAACUUUUUCACACUUUUCCAUUUCCAACCAUAAAUUUGGUAUAUUGACACUUCAUUUUGCACCUUUUUCAUCUCAAGAUGAAACAAAUCUGAAGAACUUCACUAUUUGGCCCAGGUUGACCUUUUUUUUUUUCUUCUUUUUUUUUUUCUUUCCUUCACUGGCUCCCUGGCCUUUAUUGUAGGAGGGGAUACUGUUAUUUCCUCUGGCACUUGAAAAAGCCGGAGGAGGUAUUAUUUUAAUCUAUGCAGGAUUUUUACAAAAAAAAAAAGGAUCUGUUUCUGUGGAAAAACUUUAAUUUUUUGGCUUGGGAUUUUUUCCCCCGCUUCUUUUUUCCGCCUCAGUGAGAAACCUGUUGAACUCAAGUGUCCAAUGCCUUUAGCUUUUGCAAUUUUGUGUACUGGUUUAGUAUAUAUGUGUAUAUAGAUCUGUUUUUAUAACCAAACACCGAUGGCUUGAGCCAUUUUGUACUUAAAGCUGGAGGCCACUUUUCUUGUAGGAAUUCCUCUGUGGGUUUUGCCAGCCCAGUCAAUGUCUUCAUACACUGGUACACUUUGUAAGUACAGGUCUGCGCCUUGUGUUCCCUACACUAUCUUGUAGUCAAAUGUACAAAAAUUUAGCAUUAGAGUAAUUUUUAACAGUUUGCUACUCACACUUAUUUAUUUUUCUGCCCCUUUGCUUAAUAUUUUUUUCUAUUUUUGCCAUUUUGAGGAGUACCAUUUUAUGAAAAAGGAAGAUGUAAAUGUAUUGGGGUUGUUCAUGAUGAGAUUUCAUUGUAAGUAGUAAUUAAUAUUAAUUCUAACUUGAAAGAAUCCAGGGUAAGAUGACUUUUUUUGACAUUCAGUAGGAAGAUGUUAACACUUGCAUGUUUCUAUUUAAAUACAAAUGUAUAAAUUGUAAAUAUAACAUUUCUUUAAGGGUGAAUUUCUACUACAGGUUGACAUUUUUAUUGAAAUUUAAAAAUGCUGUAAAUACAUUUGUGAGAUACUUUAUGCACAUUUUUUCCCCCCCGUCUGGGUUUUUUGUGUUGUCUUCUUCUUCCAAGCUGUUACAGAGAACAUCCCAGUCUCUUAACACUGUAUAUCAAAUUGAUUUCUCAGUCCUUUUCUUACCGUGCUCGUAUACUUUGUCUCCUGCUUCACUGUCUCCCAGUAUCAUGGUCGCCACAUAAUCAUUAAUGUCUUUAGAUCCAAGUGCAAAUAUUUUGUCUUCUCUGUAUUUGAUAUGGAGGCGUGUACCUUUCAUGAAAUGUAUAUUGUUGAUCUCAUGGAAUGGAUGGAUGGUAUGUGUACAGUCCGUUGUGUAAAACCACGUCUGUUUCCUCCUCACGAGAGAGAUGUAUUUACUAUGUGUCCCUUUUGAACAAUUGGUCCAACAUGUCUUUUGAAACAGAGGUAUUUCUCUACAGGUCAAAACAGUUGUAGCAGUUUAUACAGUAUGUUGUAUAACAGCGUUUUUCUAAAAGUCGUCUCUGAAGUGAGACCAGCAGCAUACACUAUGUACAAUAGUCUAAAUUGGAUUAGUUUUAAGAGAACUGAUGAUAGAGAUACUAUAUAUGAUGGAUGCAAUAUGAUUAAAGGUACUCAUUGAGUUUGAUCUUCAAACUUAGGUUUAUGUAAUUUAAAGCAUUCUUGUGAAGUGAGUAUUAAUUGUGACUAAUGAGAGUCUGUCCUGAAUAUUCUUUGUAUUUUGCUGUAUUGAGAAUAAAAUAUAUAUGGAUAUGUUUA